UGUGUGAAUGUAAAUCAGAUUUGUAAUAAAUGGCUGUAGCUUAGUUGUUAAUUUUGUUGUUUUUGUUUAAAGGCAUUGACCCGGAAGCUACGCGACACUUCCGCGGGGUUGUCCUGUUUUUUGACAGCUGCAGGUUCAAGGUUGUGUAAUGAAGGACGCAAGUGAGCACAUCAGUCUCUACAUCAUAUAGAACAGCGUUUGUAAGUGGAAAUGUCGAGCCUGUCAGCAGCCAGUGUGGAGACUUCACCAGCAACAGAGGGGGCAGAGCAGAAGAAACCUCUCAAACCAUGCUGUGCGUGUCCUGAGACCAAAAAAGCACGAGAUGCAUGCAUAAUUGAAAAGGGAGAAGAAAGCUGCACAGACCUCAUCGAAGCGCACAAGGAGUGCAUGAGGGCACUUGGUUUUAAGAUAUAAUACUACCAUCAUCAUCAGAUUGAGUGAAUGUGAAUGGCAACCUGUGUGAAAUGGGACCCGGUGUGCUCGUUUAUUUAUAUUUUUUACACUGCAGGGAAGAUUAUACAGGGCUGAAUUUAUUCCUCUAAGUUAAAUGUCUGUCUUUUCUUUCUCUUUCUUUCAUAUGUGAUACAUUUAUGGUCAAUAAAGAUCCUAUGCAAGAUGUUAA